AGACUUCACUUGAUCUUCAGUCACAGAACACUCGACGCAUACAAACUAAACUACUGCUGACGUCCAAAAGCGGUGCGGCCUGUUUCGAGACAACAAUGGGUCCUUUACCAAAGCGACUUGGGAUGCUUUGUCAAAAGAUGACAUGAGACGGAAAUGGCACCUCAAGACUAAGAAAAAAAAAAGAAUCGACUUGAGCGCUACAGGAACUGAUGCGCUUGCGGUCGGCCCCGGGAAGAUGAUGACGAUCUUCCGGCUCAUCCUACUCAUUGGCCUGACGUCCAGCUGUGAGUCGAUCUCCAUAUCUGAACCAUCGCGUGAUCUUGCGACCCUCGUUUUGACUCCUGCGGGCGGAUUUGACGCAAACGUGACUCAAGACUCCUACCGGGCCCGAGAAAAUGACAACAUCACUCUGGGCUGGAAGUUCACCAGCCGUGCCAACGUGUCGCUCACCUCGCUUCGGAUUCACUGCGAACUCUUCAGGGAGGGCGAGGUCACCGUCCUCUUUCAACUACUGGGCGGCGUGGCGGUUCAUUUGGUGGGCCGCGUGCAGUGUGACAGGGAUGCUCUGAGACGGGGACAAAUAAGCCUCCAACUGUCCAAGCUGCGAAUGGAAGACUCGGGAGUGUACCGGUGUCAAGUUAAAACCAGCACCGGUGUGAAAUCUGGAAAGUAUCGAGUCAUCGUGAGAGCCAGUGCUGUCGACGGGACGUCGGCGAGUCCCCCGAGGAACAAUUCGCACAUUCUCAAGGGACUCCUCCUGAUCGCGGCGGCGGCCGCCGCGGCGGCAGCGGUUGCCGCCGGUUACCUGCUCUCACUGAUGCUGCUUUGACAUUUCAGGCCAGAUGGAGCCUUGCGAAAUUGUUCUUGCAUGUGUCAAGUUCAAAAGUAAAUUUUGAGGGGAUCAAUUGGGAUGAAAUGAGAAACAACGUUGCCUCUUUU